ACCUGUCUAUCAGUUCAAUACCUGGGUUGUUCCACGAAAUGAGUGCUUUUUGAUGAGUGCCCUUUGAUAUUUUAAGCAGAAAUUGUGCACCAAUAUUGGUAAGAUGUCUAAAUGACUAUCGCCCAGUAGCACUCACAUCUGUAGCCAUGAAAUUCUUUGAAAGGCUGGUCAUGGCUCACAACACCAUCAUCCCAGACACCCUGGACCCACUCCAAUUCACAUACUGCCUCAACAGAUCCACAGAUGAUGCAAUCUCUAUUGCAUUCCACACUGCCCUUUCCCACAUGGACAAAAGGAACACCUACAUGAGAAUCAAAAAGAAAGGAGGACCAAGGAACUCUUCAUAUAUUUAAUUAAAAUGCCUUUAUUUGUAUGGCAUGUUCAAUGGAGUACUCCCUGAUGAAGGACAUGCAGCCAAAAGUUUUUAAAAUGUGUUUCCAUUGAACAUGCCAUACAAAUAAAGGCAUUUGAAUUAAUUAUAUGAAGAGUUCCUUGGUCCUCCUUUCUUUUUGAUGACCAAUUUACCCCUUUUACCAAAGAGCACCUUCUGUCUACCAAAACCUACUAUUGUGUACCUUAGCAGCGCUUCCCUUCCUCCUAUUUUUAUUUUUUUACCUAUGUGAGAAUGCUUUUCAUUGACUACAGCUCAGCGUUCAACAUCAUGGUGCCCUCCAGGUUCAUCACUAAGCUAAGGACCCUGGGACAGAACACCUCCCUCUGCAACUGGAUCAUGGACUUCCUGAUGGGACGCCCCCAGGUGGUGAGGACUGGGGAGCAGGCUUUGGAGGUCCAGUCGGGGAUGUCUCUGUUCGGCCAGGCCCUGGGUGCUGUGAGGGAGUCAGUGAGCCGUGUUGCCGUGCAGAUCCUCAUCGACAACAACAAGAGCAACAUCCACAGCCUGGGCCAAGUGCUGCGCAGCCUUCACAUCCAGGACCUGCCCCUUCCUCCAGCACCAGCAGUAGGUGACUUAGUGACUAGGAAGGUGUCAUCCUUAUCUGAGCUGCUCCAUGUCCACACCAACUUCCUACGAGGGAAGGUUCGCCUGCUGCUCGCCAACGCACCUGCCUGUCAACAGAACAGUACUUGAUUGGAGCUUUCCUCAAAGGCAGAAGAGGCUGUGAUUGGACCAUUGUUUAGAGAGAGGAUGAGGUGAUUGGACUUUUGCUGAAACCUCUGAAUGGCUUACCAAGUAUGGAAUGUGUAGACAAGGUGAUUGCUGACCGGACAAAAACUGGUGGAUAAGUAAGUUCCCUGUGGGUGGAGUUGGUGAGAACAUGAAUGAGUGAGAGAGAAAAAAACGGAAGUUCUACCUAGCAGUACUGCCAAAGAGCUCUGAUGCAUGCAG